CGCCGCCGCCGCGGCCGCCAUGGAGGGCGUGAGCGCGCUGCUGGCCCGCUGCCCCGCGCCCGGCCUGGCCGGCGGGCUGGGCGUCACGGCGUGCGCCGCGGCCGGCGUGCUGCUCUACCGGAUCGCGCGGAGGAUGAAGCCCACGCACACCGUCGUCAACUGCUGGUUCUGCAACCACGACACCGUGGUGCCCUACGGCAACCGCAACUGCUGGGACUGUCCCCACUGCGAGCAGUACAACGGCUUCCAGGAGAACGGCGACUACAACAAGCCCAUCCCGGCCCAGUACCUGGAGCACCUGAACCACGUGGUGGGCAGCGCGCCCGCGCCCCUGGCGCCCCCGCAGCCGCAGUGGGUGAGCAGCCGCACGCUGCUCUGCCGGCGCUGCAGCCAGCACCAGGCCGCCAAGGUCCGCCAGCUGGCGGCCUUCACGCCGCGCGACGAGGGCAGGUACGACGAGGAGGUGGAGGUGUACCAGCACCACCUGGAGCAGGUGUACAAGCUGUGCCGGCCGUGCCAGGCGGCCGUGGAGCACUACCUCAAGCACCAGAACCGCCAGCUCCGCGCCCUGCUGCUCAGCCACCAGGUCCAGCGCCGCCAGGACGCCGAGCGCAGCCACGGGCAGAGCUUCUGCUCGUUUGCGGUGAAGUCGCCGGUGCAGGUCAUCGUGCUGCGGGCCCUUGCCUUCCUGGCCUGCGCCUUCCUGCUGACCACCCUGCUGUGCGGCACCGGAGACCCGUUCAUCCCGGGGCCCGCCCUGCCUCCAGCCCUGCCCCCCGGGGGUAACGGCUCGGGCGCCGCCGCCGCAGACAACGGCACGAGCGCCGAGAGCUGGCGGCAGCUGCUGGCCCUCCUGCCCGCGCCGGCCGCCGAGAGGCUCCGGGAGCUCUGGGCCCUCGGGCAGCAGCACCAGGUGGCCGUGGUGGCCCUGGGCCUCCUCACCUGCCUGCUGGCCAUGCUGCUGGCCGGCCGCCUGAGGCUCCGCAGGAUCGACGCCUUCGCCGCGGGCCUGUGGGCGCUGCUGCUGGGCCUGCACCUGGCGGAGCGGCACCUGCAGGCGGCCUCGCCCGGCUGGCUGGACACGCUCAAGCUCAGCGCCACGGCCCUGUGCUGCCUGGUGGGCUUCACGGCGGCCGUGGCCACGAGGAAGGCGACGGGCACCCGAAGGUUCCGGCCCCGAAGGUACUUCCCCGGAGACGCCGCAGGCCUCUUCCCCGCCGGCCCGGGCCUGGCCGUGCCCUGCCCAAGCGUCCUGGGCUCCCCGCCGCCGUCGCUCUUCGUCCCGGCCCCGCCCGGCUUCGUGCCACUGGCCAGCCGGCCUCUGUUCCGCUCCACCCGCCGGCCCUCGCCCUCCUCGCUGCCCGGCCACCUGAGCCGGGCCCUCUCGCUGGGCACCAUCCCCUCCCCGAUGCGAGCAGACUCGGGCUGCCUCUUCAGUGGGAGCCGCCCGCCCUCGCGCGUGGCCCGGCCCGGGCAGCUGCUCCUUUCGGACUACUUCUCCCUGCUGGCCAGCAGCUGCCCCUCGUCGCCGCUCCCGUCCCCAGCGCCGUCCGUGGCCAGCUCUGUGGCCUCUAGCUCCGGCUCCCUGCGCCACCGCCGGCCCCUCAUCAGCCCGGCCCGCCUCAACCUGCAGGGCCGGAAGCUGCUGCUCUUCCCGUCGCCCCCGGGGGACGCCCCCCACAGCCCCAGCAGCUCUGAGGAGCACUCGCCCCCCGCCGCCGGCCGCCUCUUCCCCCUCGAGCUGCCACAAGCCCCGCAGAGGCCGCCGCCGCGGGACUCCAAGCUCACCGUGGAUGUGAGCGCCGUGCCCGACACCGGCAACGCCUGCAGUGACCGCCCCAUCAAGAAGGAGGACGACUCCUCGCACGCGUCCACCUGCAUGGUGGACACCACCACCCAGGGCUGCCCCGAGGACACCGCCGCCUGGAGAGGUCACGUCAGCCCCACCCUGGUCCGGGGCCUCUUGGCGGUGAGCCUGGCGGCCAACGCCCUCUUCACCUCAGCCUACCUGUACCAGAGCCUGCGCUGACCCAACAGCCCCGCGCCCCAGCAGACGCGGGUGCGCCCAGGUGCAUGCUGCUCCUCACUGCCACCACAGGGCCUUGGCUUGUGGAGACCGCCACCCCUCCUCCAGGCCGGCCUCCCGGAUUGAGUCCUGUGCUUGGUCGCGUCCCAUGGACACCCGAGGUGGCCCUCUCGCGGCCCCCUCGCUGACUCGGGCCUUACUUCUGUUUGGUGCUGACGCUAACCCAGAAGCCGGGGCCCCCGGGCCCUGCGUUGGCCUUCGGGCGCCCCUGCCCUCCAGCCCUGCCUGGUGGGCCUCGUGCACCCCCGGGGAGACCCCAUCUUGUACUGUGCUCCGUCCCCCGGGCCGGGAGCCCGAGCCACCAGCCUGGACCCUGCCCGGGAGAAGGUGGUGACGGCGUCCCCUGUCCUCCGGGCCAGGUGGCGCCUUCCUGCGCUCAGGCCCGGGGCCCUGGCAGCGCAUCCUCCGGCACCUCGUUCUAUUACCUCUGACCCCCCGCCCAGCCGCGCCCCCUCCCCGCUCCCCAUGUUCCGGCCCCUCCCUCCGCCUGGCCGUGCUGUCACCCACCCAGCCCGGUCACCGACACCCCACUCCUGGGACCCCCCUGGCCCUCCCCCAGGCUCGGUCCCGCCCUGCUGGGGUCCCUCCUCACCAAGAGGAGGGGCUCGGUCCAUAAGGGACAGGCACCUUGUGUGAGGGUGAGCAGCAGGCCUGUGCCCGUGUGCAUACCUGUGUGCCCAUGUGUGUACAUGUGUGCCCAUGCACAUACAUGUGUGCCCUGUGCAUACAUGUGCGCCUGUGUGCAUAUCUCCACCUGUGUGCGUACCUGUGUGCCGAGUUCUACCUGUGUGCCCGUGCUCGUAUGUGUGUACCGUGUGCCCGUGUGCGUACACAUGUGCCAUAUGUGAGCACAGCCGUGCACACGCAGAGCCUCCAGCCCUCUGAGCCUUGAAGCGGGGGGCGGGGCAUCUUCACUGUCAUUCAGGGAUAAAGUUCCGGUUUAUUUUCCUACACGUUUACCCCAUCAGGCCUUGAGCCCGGCCAGACGCACCCCCCACCAGGACGCCUGUUUUUUAAAGCUUUGGGUGCUUUUUUUUUAGUCAUUUUUUUACCAUGUGGGGAAAGGGCCGCUCUGACCCCCUCCCGCCCUCAGACCUCCCGACCCUCGACCCUCGUUUGUACCGUGCGCAUGUCUCGAGUUUUUUACUUUAUUUUUCACCUGACAAAACCAACCUCCUUCCCACGGCAGGGGAGGGGCCGGCUGGGCCCCGCGUGGGUUUUCUCUCCCUUCUUCCCUCCCCUCACUUCAGUUUUCUUUUGAAUAAAAGCCACAACCUUAUUUUUCUUUACAAAAAAAAAAAAAGAAGGAAACAAAAAAGUAUCCCAGCCUUUGACUAGA